UUCGUUGUCAUCCAAGCAAUCCCGUCCUCCGAUGGUUGUCGGCAACGAUUUUAGCAUAAAAUUAAUCGAAUGAUUUGACUAAUACGCUUGACUCUUUGUUGGGUUGUGGUUUUGAAAUGUUAAGACUGUUUCUAUCAGGAUAUGGGACACGUCCGCUCGUGUACCGCGCAAUGUUUCGUUACAGUCAAUCACUGUCUAGUCAGGGUAAUUUUGGAAUUUCAAAGAAAACAAUCGAUGCAUAUCCCUUUGGACGAACCGAUUUGCUGAGUGCAGCCAAAAAUGCAUUCAGACAACGGAGCCGUAGGCUGGUCACGGAAAGCAAACAGCAAAUUGUACGAUCAGGACAAACUAGUUCGAAAGUGAUUCGGUUGCUGCUCGGAGGAACGGCUAUUAGUGUCACGGUUGGCUAUCAAUGUCGGAAAUGGUUUGUCCACUGUGAAGCACCCAGCAGCAGACUGGUCGGACAGAAAGUUGUGGGGAUUAAUGGAAUCCGAUUCGAUUGGCGGAAACUCUGGACCUAUCUGCGACCUCAUCUGGCAAAGUUGGUUGGUGCGAUAAUAGCUGCCUUAGCCGUUGCCUAUUUUAACAUUCAAAUUCCAAACAUGUUGGGCGUUGUGGUCAACACACUGUCCAAAUAUGCGGGGAGUAACCUUAAGGACAUUGACUCUACAGAGUUCAUGAACGACAUUAAACUGCCUUCGCUUCGGCUUUUCGGAAUGUACAUCGCCCAGGCUAGCUUCACGUUCGUGUACAUCUUCCUGCUGAGCCAAAUCGGAGAACAGAUGGCUGCGAAAAUUCGUCAAGAUUUGUUCAAACAAAUUAUCAUACAGGACCUCGAAUUCUUCGAUGAGAACCGCACCGGGGAGUUGGUCAAUCGCUUGACAGCCGAUGUGCAAGAUUUUAAAUCAAGCUUCAAACAGUGCAUCUCGCAAGGACUGCGAUCCUUCGCCCAGCUCAUCGGUGGAGGAGUUUCACUAUUCCUGAUUUCCCCACAGCUGGCCAGCAUUGCGCUGGUAUCUGUUCCGGCUGCGGUAGCGAUGUUUUCCUUUCUGGGUAAAUCACUUCGCGCUCUAAGCAAAAAAAGCCAGGCCCAAUCGGAGCGGGCCACUUCCGUCAGCGAGGAGGCCCUUUCGAACAUUCGAACCGUUCGAGCUAGUGCGAGUGAGUACUCGGAAGUGGAACUGUUCAAGCAGGAAACCGACAAGGCGGCAAUGUUGUCGGAGAAAUUGGGGAUAGGAAUUGCGGUGUUUCAGGCGAUGACAAAUCUAUUUCUGAACGGGAUGGUAUUAACAACUCUGGUUUUGGGAGGACACUUUAUGUCGACAAGCUCGAUUAGCGCCGGGGAUUUGAUGGCAUUCCUUGUGGCAUCACAGGGUGUGCAACGCUCUUUGGCCCAAGGUUCAAUCCUUAUUGGUUCGGUUAUCAGAGGAAUGACCGCAGGCUCACGAGUGUUUGAGUAUCUAUCCGUCCAGCCAAAGAUCGAUCUUAAACUUGGACAAAUCAUUCCGGAGUCCAAAGUUCGUGGUGAAAUAUGCUUCGAAAAUGUAUUCUUCACCUACCCUUGCCGUCCGAAUCAAAAGAUCCUUAAAGACUUCUCCCUGACACUCAAGCCAGGUCAAACGGUGGCUCUGGUUGGAGCCAGUGGUUCGGGUAAGUCAACAAUCGCCUCCCUACUGGAGCGUUUCUACGAACCGACCGGAGGUCGGAUCACAAUCGACGGCUACAACCUUUCGGAACUAUCCCCCUACUGGUUACGUGGCCAUCUGAUAGGGUUUAUCGAACAGCAACCGGUGCUCUUCGGCACUACUAUCUACGAGAACAUUCGGUACGGUCGACCGGAUGCCACCGAAGAAGAGGUACUCGAAGCUGCGAAGCUCUCUCAAUCGCAUCAGUUUGUUAGCCAACUUCCGGACGGUUAUCAAACCCCCGUAGGGGAGCGCGGAAUUCAGCUGAGUGGUGGUCAGCGUCAGCGGAUAGCAAUUGCCCGAGCUCUGCUCAAGAAACCAACGGUAUUGAUUCUGGAUGAAGCAACCAGUGCGUUGGACGCCUCCAGUGAGGCGGUGGUGCAGAGGGCGCUGGAUGCUGCCGUUGUGGACAGAACAACGCUGGUAAUCGCCCAUCGGUUGUCUACGAUUCGGAAUGCCGACGUUAUUGUAGUGCUGGAUAAGGGUAGAAUUGUGGAGAUAGGAGAUCAUGACACAUUGAUCCGCAAGAAAGGAUAUUACUUUGAGCUAGUGAAACAACAGGAACGUCAGCAGCUAGAGGAGCAGCAGCAGCAAGGACAGAGAGCUUACGGUUGAACUGUAGCAAAACUGUGUUAUACGUAGUAGAUAUGUACAAGCUAAGCUAAACGUUAUUUAAUUGUAGUUAUUUUAGGACUGUUGAUAGCGUAAUCAAGCCGAAUACAUAAUAAUAUGAUCCCA